AUGGCUCCUCCAAUCUGGACUCUGGUGCUGCUGGUGGCAGCUGCAAUCUCAAGGAAAGAGAAGCCUCCAGACUGGAAGCCAGUCGCCCGCAGCUCUAGGGACAACGCCAUUAUCACCCAGUGUAAUUUUGAGGACAACUCCAAACCCUUCUGUGAUUGGACACAAGUGUCCACAGAUGACGGGGACUGGACUCGAGCCAGUGGGCCUUCCCACACUGGCAGCAGCAGACCCCCCGGGGGGUACCCCAAUGGAGAGGGCUACUACCUGCACAUGGACUCAAGCACCUUCUACCCGGGUGGGGUGGCCCGCCUGCGCAGCCCCCCCAUAUGGGAGCAAGGUCCCCUGUGCGUACGCUUUGCCUACCACAUGUUUGGGCUGUCACGGGGUGCCCAGCUCAAACUGCUGCUGUUCAGGAGCACCAAGCACAAGCACCCCCACCUGCUCUGGAAACACAUUAACACCCAGAGCCUCUCCUGGAUGCCUACCGCUGUCACUGUGCCCAUGGGGCACACCCUGCCCAGCCGGCUGAUGUUUGAAGGAGUGAGGGGCAGCACUGCUUACCUGGACAUCUCUCUGGACGCCAUCGCUGUCUACCAUGGCUCCUGCAAUCAGGUCUGUAAAAUGCAAAUGUGCAACUUCGACACUCUAAAUGAUCUCUGUGGCUGGAGUUGGAUCCCGACGCCUUCUGGGGCCAAGUGGGUCCAGAAGAAGGGGUCGUCGGGGAUGCCAAACGUGGGGCCUGAGAAUGACUUCUCCAACCCCGGUAGCGGCUUCUACAUGCUCCUGGACCCUAAGAAUGCAAAACCAAGUCAGAAAUCUGUUCUCCUUAGCCCCCUGAGCCAGUCAUCAGGCUGUCUGAGCCUGUCUUUCCACUAUACCCUCCGUGGCCGGUCUCCUGGCGCAGCCCUCACCAUCUAUGCUUCCGUCUUGGGCAGCACCCGGAAACACACACUUUUCUCAGGACAAUCUGGACCCAACUGGCAGCCUGUUGCUGUCAAUUACACAGGCCAGGGACAGAUUCAGUUUACCAUGGUGGGUGUGUUUGGAAAGAUCCCAGAACCAGCUGUGGCAGUGGAUGCAGUCAGCAUUGCUCCCUGUGGGGAGAGCUUUCCUCAGUGUGACUUUGAAGAUGCUGCCCAUCCUUUCUGUGGCUGGGCCCAGACAUCAGGCACUGGCGGACACUGGACCCGGGGUAGUCAAAAUAUGCCCAUCCAGGGAACAGGCCCCUUCGGAGGGUCCCUUAACAGAGGUGGUAACUAUAUCUACCUUGAAGCUGACAGGUUCUCCCAGGCAGGCCAGUCUUUCAGACUGGUGAGCCGGCCCUUCUGUGCCCCGGGUGCGGUCUGUGUGGAAUUUGCCUACCACAUGCAUGGCCUUGGAGAGGGCACUAAGCUGAAGCUCCUGCUGGCGAGUCCUGCGGGCAAUUCCACAACUUCUCUCUGGCAACGCGUUGGGUCUCAGAGGCCUGACUGGCUGAAUGCCUCCAUCACCAUCCCUUCAGGACACCAACAGCCCAUGCAGCUGAUACUUGAGGCCGUCAGGGGGACCAGCACUGCCUUUGUCGUUGCUGUGAGUUUCAUCUUGAUCAAUCAUGGGACCUGUCGAGCAAAACAUAUGGUCCCCACAGAAAAACCCACUGUUCCCAGUGAAAUAUCCACCAUCCCCACAGAAAAGCCCAUGUUCCCCACAAAAAAACCUAUGGCUCCCACAGUAAAACCCACUGUCUCCAAUGAAAUAUCCACUAUCCCCAUGGAAAAGCCUAAAGUCCCCACAAAAACGCACAUCAUCCCCACAGAAAAAUCCACCUUCUUCACAGAAAAGCCCACCAUUUCCACUGAAAAGCUUACUGUUCCCAUUGAAAAACCCACAGUUCCCACAGAAAAACCUACAGUCCCCACAGAAAAACCCACUGUCCCACCUGAAGAGCCCACUGUCCCCACAGAAAAACCUGUCCCCACUGAAAAACCCGCCAUCUCCACAGAAAAAUCCACAGUCCCCACUGAAAAACCCACUGUCCUCAUUGAAAAGCCCACCAUGCCCACGGAAAAACUGACUGUCCCCACCGAAAGGUCUGUAGCUCCUACGACACCCCAGCCCAACCCCACACUUGUACCCACUGGGCCUACAGUCUUGGUGACAGCUCCUAGUGCUCCAAGCACCUCCAUGAUCACGGUGACCCUGGCUACCACUGCAACCCCUAGAUCCACUUCAGCAAGCUGCCCCCCAAAUGCCCGCUAUGAAACCUGCGCCUGCCCAGCAUCCUGCCAGAACCCCAAGCCGAACUGCGAGCUCCUCUGCAAGCCCGGCUGUGUCUGCAAUUCUGGCUUUUUGUUUAAUGACUCCCACUGCAUCAAUGCCUCUUCCUGCAACUGCUUCUACAACAAUAAUUACUACAAGCCUGGGGCAGAGUGGCUUAGCCUUAAUUGCACAGAACAUUGCCGUUGCUGGCCUGGCAGUCGGAUGGAGUGCCAGACCUCUCAGUGUGGGACACACACGGUAUGCCAGCUGAAGAACGGCCAGUACAGAUGUCACCCCUAUGCAGGCACUGCCACCUGCUUUGUCUAUGGCGACCCUCAUUAUCUCACCUUUGACGGGAGACACUUUAGCUUCAUGGGCAAAUGCACCUACAUCUUGGCCCAACCCUGUGGCAACUUGACAGAGCCCUUCUUCCGGGUGGCAGUGAAGAAUGAGGAGCGAGGACAGGAAGGUGUGUCUUGCCUGAGCAAAGUCUACGUGAGACUACCCGAGACCACCAUCACCCUGCUCAGGAACAGGCGCACGCUGGUUGGGGGUCAACAAGUCACCCUCCCAGCCACACCUUCUAAAGGCAUCUUCCUGGCUCCAAGUGGACGAUUUGUGGAGCUGCAGACGGCAUUCGGUUUGCGUGUGAGAUGGGAUGGUGACCAGCAGCUGUUUAUGAGUGUGCCCAGCACCUACUCUAGCAAACUCUGUGGUUUCUGUGGCAACUAUGAUGGUGACAGUAGCAAUGACAACCAGAAGCCCGAUGGCAGACCAGCACGAGAUGAGGAAGAGCUGGGCAAUAGCUGGCAGACCACAGAGGACGAGGAAGAGGAGUGCCAGAAGAACAAGACAAGUCCUCCAUCUUGUGACUCAGCCUUGCAGAAGACUCUGUCGGGGCCAGAAUUCUGUGGACGGCUCGUGGUCUCCCCCGGAGCCUUUGAGGCAUGCCUGCCUCAUCUCAUGGCCCCUUUCUUCUUUGACAACUGCAUAUUUGACAUGUGUACCUUCCAGGGGCUACAGCGCGUGCUGUGUGCCCACAUGGCGGCCUCAACCGAGGCCUGCCAGGAUGCUGGCUAUGUGGUAGAGCCCUGGAGAGGACCCCAGUUCUGCCCUCUGGCCUGCCCAUCCAACAGCAAGUACACCAUUUGUGCCAAGCUGUGCCCCGACACGUGCCAUUCCAGCUUCUCUGGCAUGUCCUGCCGGGACCGAUGUGUGGAGGGCUGCGAGUGCAACCCCGGCUUUGUCCUCAGUGGUCUCCAGUGUGUCCCCCGCUCCCAGUGUGGGUGCCUUGAUUCCACAGGCAGCUACUUCAUGGCAGGGCAGCAGUGGUUCAAGCCAGGCUGCAGACAGCUCUGUAUCUGUGAGGGCAACAACAAAAUUCGCUGUGUGCUAUGGAGGUGCCAGGCCCAGGAGGUCUGUGGUUGGCAGGAUGGCAUCUAUGGCUGCCAUGCUCAGGGGUCUGCCACCUGCACUGUCUCAGGGGACCCCCACUACCUGACGUUUGACGGAGCCCUGCACCACUUCAUGGGCACCUGCAGCUAUACCCUGACCCGGCCUUGCUGGUCGAGGUACCUCGAGAACUACUUCGUCGUGAGCGCCACCAACGAGUUCCAAGGUGGGAACUUGGAGGUCUCCUACGUGAAAGCCGUCCACGUACAGGUCUUCAACCUCAAAAUCUCGCUGAUCAAAGGCCGCAAGGUCGUGCUGAAUGGUCGCCGGGUGGCCCUGCCCGUGUGGUCUGCACAAGGUCGGCUAAGCACGAGGCCCAGUGGCUCCUUCAUCCUCCUCUACACGAAUUUUGGGCUUCAAGUUCGUUAUGAUGGGAACCACUUGGUUGAAGUGACGGUGCCCUCCACCUACGCUGGCCGGCUCUGUGGGUUGUGCGGGAACUACAACAACGACAGCUUAGAUGACAAUCUGAAACCAGAUAAAAAGGCUGCAGGCAACUCCAUCCAACUGGGGGCCGCCUGGAAGUCAAAUGAGUACUCUGAACCUGGCUGUUUUAUUGCUGGUGGCAAGCCUCCCAGGUGCCAGGGGAACAAAGUGGAAGACACCUGGAAUAACUGUGACAUCUUAAUGAACCCUCUGGGACCCUUCUCCAAGUGCCAUGGGGUGGUACCCCCGCACUCCAGCUUCGCCAGUUGUGUGCACGGCCAGUGUGGGACCAAGGGUGCCGCCCUGACCCUCUGCCGCUCCCUGCAGGCCUACGCAUCCCUGUGUGCCCAUGCCAGCCAGAGCCCUGCCUGGCGGAAUAGUACCUUCUGCCCUCUGAAGUGCCCACCUGGCAGCAGCUACAGCCCCUGUGCCAACCCCUGCCCAGCCACCUGUCGCAGCCUAAACACUCCACGAGACUGCCCGGCCACAUUGCCCUGUGCCGAGGGCUGCGAGUGCCAGAAAGGCCACGUCCUGAGUGGAACCUCCUGCGUGCCCCUCAGCCAGUGCGGCUGUACUGACCCAGGGGGCUCCUACUACCCGGUCGGGGAGAGCUGGUACACGGACAGCACCUGCUCCAGGCUCUGCACCUGUUCCACCUUUAACAAUAUCUCCUGCCUCCAAACCUCCUGCAAGCCUAACCAGAUGUGCUGGCCCCUGGAUGGGCUGAUACGCUGCCGGGCCGCAGGUAUGGGCGUGUGCCGGGUCUCGGACAACUCUCACUCUGUGAGCUUUGAUGGCAGUCACCAUGCCAUCAGGAGCACCUGUACUUACGUCCUGGUGAAAACGUGCCACUCUACCAUGGACCUGCCCUUCUUCAAGAUCAGUGGCAAGAAUUGGAAAAGAGAAGGCCAAACCCCCACUUUCUACCUCCACCAGGUCAACAUUGAUGUCUUUGAUUCCCUGGUCACCCUGAAAAAGGGCCACCGUGUGCUGAUCAAUGGCAAGCAGGUCACCCUUCCGUCGACCAGCCAGAUCCGGGGUGUCAGCAUCUCUGCCAGUGGGGUCUACACUGUACUCAGCAUUCACAUUGGGCUGCAAGUCAAGUUUGAUGGCAGUGGGUUCUUGGAGAUCAAACUCCCUAGAGCCUAUUAUGGCAAGGUCUGUGGCAUGUGUGGGAACUUCAACGGUGAGGAAGAGGAUGAACUAACAAUGCCCAGUGAUGAACUAGCCCAGAAUGACAUUGAAUUUGUGGACAGUUGGCAAGAUAAGGAGGCCGACCCAAAUUGCCAACAAGAUUACCAAAAAGGUGACCAAAUGAAGACCAAAAGAGAACAGCAGGGGAAGACAAAUGCAAACUGCAGGCCAGCUGACCUAGGGAGAGCCCAGGAGCAAUGCGAAGUGGCCUUCCAGGCUCUGGCCUGGGCUGAGUGUGCUACUCGUGUGGCCCUUAAGCCCUUCCUGCUCGGCUGUGCACAUAACCUCUGUGAGUCUGGAGACCUAAACCAUGCCCUCUGUGAGUCUCUGCAAGCCUUUGGAGCUGCCUGCCAGGCCCAGGGACUCAAGCCCCCAAUCUGGAGAAACAGCAGUUUCUGUUCUCUGGAAUGCCCCACCCACAGCACCUACAUGACCUGUGCUCCCCCCUGCUCACCUUCCUGCUGAGACUUGCAAGGACAGUGCAAGUAUGCCAAAGUCCCCUCCACCUGCAAGGAGGGCUGCGUUUGUCAGCCUGGCUACUACUAUGUGCUCAGUGAGCAACAAUGUGCGCUCAGGACUCAAUGCAGCUGCAUGGAUGCCCAGGGUGGCUCCGUUCCCAUAAGUGGGGGGCAGAAGAAGACCUGGCUCUCCAGUGCCUGCACCCAGAGCUGUAUCUGCAGAGCAGGAGCCAUUCAGUGCCGACCUUUCAUCUGCCCCUCUGGCUUCUACUGCCAGCCCAACUCCAACGGCAAUGGCAGAUGUUCCCCUGACAAGUCGGAACAAUGCUCAAUUUUGGGGGACCCCCAUAACUGCACAUUUGAUGGCGUCAGCUAUAGCUUUCAGGGCCAUGUGACCUACACUCUGAUCAAGACCGUGCACAUGCUCCCCGAUGGAGUGGUGCUGGUCGUGGAGGGACACGACAAGAUGUAUAUGUCCCUCAACCUGAUCUUCCUGCACAAAAUCAUCGUGAUGGUCUACAGUUAUACAGUCCAGCUCCAGGCCGAACUGCAGCUUGUGGUCAGCGACCAGAAGAUGGCCAUCCCCUACAACUCCAGGCACCUGCAGGUUACCAUGCAGGGCCUCCGGCUGUAUCUGGUCACUGACUUUAAUCUGGUUCUUGCUCUGGAUGCCCCCUUUCUCCUGCAGUGAUCUCUGCCUAGCACAUACCAGGAGCUUGGGUGUGGCCUGGGGAACUUUGACAAGAACCAGAAGAAUGCGUUUAUGCUGCUCAGUGGCGCCCUCACUCAGAACCUCAACAAUUUCAGCAACAGUUGGAAAGUGAAGAUGAAGCGAGGCCUCUCCUGCUUCUCAAGGGCCACCCAAGAAGAGAAGGAAAGAGAAGAGUCAGAAUGCUGCCUGGUGCAGCUGGAGCUCAUCAACAGCACCCAGGCAUGUAGGGUGCUGGUGGACCCCCAGCGCCCCUUUGCUGCCUGUCGCCAGACUGUGGCUCCAGAGCCCUUCCAGGAGCACUGUGUGUUUGAUAUGUGUGUCACGCGGAACCCCAAAGAGCAGGAAGAGCUGUGCUGCCAGGUCCUCAGUGGGUACGCCAUCAUCUGCCAGGAGACAGGCAUCACCUUGGCCAGCUAGUGGGGCCACAGCCACUGUGAAAGCCUGUGUCUACGGAAACCCUGUCAGAAUGACGGGCGAUGUCAGGAGCCGGGCACCCGCUUCACCUGUGAGUGUGAACUUGGUGAGGGGAGAGACCUCUGCACAGAGCCUGAGGAUGCGCCAUUUUCCAAAAAGCCAGUGUCCAACUUUGUGGCCAUCCUGUUGGGAAUGCUGGUGCCUGGGGUGGUCAUAGUGCUGGCAGUGACCCGAGAAUAUGUUUCCAGGAAGAGGAGAAGGAGGGAGAAAAUGCAGAGCCAGAACAGAGGCAGGCUGGCAGACACAGACUUUGUUCCAGAGCCUGCCUUCAAAGUCACUCAGUUUUGA